AUGAUGCGGAAACCGGAGGACGAGCCAUCGCGCUCUCACUCCCAUGAGCUCGAUCCCAGAGUUGGAUCGUCUCACAGCACCCGAGUGCCCAUAACGGAGGCGGAGGAUCCCGAGAAGGCGACCGGAUUGGAGUCACAGCCAGAGGACGACAAGUUCCUCGUCUCAUGGGACGGCAAUGACGACCCCAUGAACCCGAAGAACAAGAAAAACGCCACGAAAUGGUUCAUCGUUGUCAUACUGGCACUGGGCAGCUUCUGUGUCACCUGUGCGUCUUCAUUGUAUACCACGACCUACCAAGGCAUGUCUCGGGAUUUCGGUUCGUCCAGAAUCGUCAAUACCUUGGGUCUCUCGACCUUUGUCUUCGGGUUGGGGUUCGCCCCGAUGGUGCUUGCACCUCUUUCCGAGUUCUACGGGCGAAGGCUCAUCUACCUACUCGCCUUUGGAGGGUUCUUCAUCUUCCUCAUCCCGUGCGCCGUGGCCCAGAAUAUUGAGACGAUGCUCAUCGUCCGCUUUUUCGAUGGGCUCUGCGGAAGCGCUUUCCUCAGUGUGGCGGGAGGCACGGUCGGUGACAUGUUCACCAAAGACACGCUUCAAGCUCCGAUGCUGAUCUACUCGGCCUCGCCUUUCCUGGGUCCCGCAACGGCUCCGGUGUUUGGUGGCUUCAUCAACAGCACGGUCAAUUGGAGGUGGAGCUAUUACGUGUUGCUCAUCUUCGCUGGCCUCGAAUGGGUCAUGAUCGCGCUGUUUGUUCCUGAGACGUACAUGCCUGUCGUCUUGCGACGGAAAGCUCAGAAGAAACGGAAGGAGACCGGAGACGAGAGGUGGAAGGCGCCGAUUGAGGUCAGUGACAGGAGCGUCCUAUGGACUGUCAUGCAUAGCCUCUACCGGCCGUUCAUGCUGCUCUUUUUCGAGCCCAUGUGCUUCAAUUUGUGUCUGUUUUCGGCAAUUCUGUUGGGCAUUCUCUACCUCUUCUUUGGAGCCUUUCCAUUGGUGUUUGGGCGUGUGUACGGCUUCAACCUUUGGCAGACGGGACUGGUGUUCCUGGGUAUCUUUGUGGGAAUGGUCAGCGCAAUGGCGACGGAUCCGAUAUGGCACAAGAACUACAAGCGCUUACUGGACAAGCGGGAGAGGGAGACGGGAGAGCGGAAGUCAGAACCGGAGUACCGCCUGCCAUCGUCCAUCUUCGGAGCGUGGUUCUGCGUGCUUGGUCUCUUCAUGUUUGCGUGGACAAUCUAUCCCGGUGUCCAUUGGAUCGUGCCAAUUAUUGGAACAUCCUUCUUUGGCUUUGGGAUCAUAUUGGUGUACACCAGUGUUUUCACCUUCUUGGUUGAAGCCUAUCCGCUCUACGCGGCGUCGGCGCUGGCUGCUAAUUCGUUUGCGAGGAGCUCGUUCGCAGCAGCCUUUCCCCUGUUUGGCGUGCAAAUGUAUGAAAAGCUCAACUUCCACUGGGCCACCACCCUCCUUGCCUUCCUGACGUUGGCUCUGGCGCCUUUUCCGUACGUCUUCUGGAUUUACGGAAAGCGUCUCCGGCAAAAGAGCAAGUAUGGGUCGGCAUGA